GAUUACGUAGGGGCGGGGCUUGUGGUCGGCGUCACUUCCAACUGCGGCUGGAGGCAGCGCCAUUUUGAACGUGCAGCGGCCGCGGGCAUUAGGUGGGUUGGAAAGGCCUGCUGGUUGCUGGAGUGGCGACCUCCUCUGGCUUUCUCCUUCACAGUACCGUCUCCGUGGGGAGGCACGGAGCCACAGACACAUCUCUAAGGUUGCUUCCCGGCCCGAGGUGAAGCCUUCUGAUGAUGUUAAGGGGAAAUCUGAAGCAAGUUCGCAUUGAGAAAAACCCGGCCCGCCUGCGUGCUCUCGAAUCGGCGGGGGGCGAGGGCGAGCCUGCGGCCGCCAUGGCCCUCUCACUGGCUGGGGAGCCGGCGCCCCCCGCUCCCGUACCCGCGGAGGAGCGCCCGGAGGAGGAGGUGGGCUUCACCAUCGACAUCAAGAGCUUCCUCAAGCCGGGCGAGAAGACGUACACGCAGCGCUGCCGCCUCUUUGUGGGCAACCUGCCCACGGACAUCACGGAGGAGGACUUCAAGCGGCUCUUCGAGCGCUACGGCGAGCCCAGCGAGGUCUUCAUCAACCGCGACCGCGGUUUCGGCUUCAUCCGCCUGGAAUCCAGAACACUGGCUGAAAUUGCAAAAGCAGAGCUGGAUGGCACCAUUUUGAAGAGCAGACCUCUCCGAAUUCGUUUUGCUACACAUGGAGCAGCCCUGACUGUCAAGAACCUUUCUCCAGUUGUUUCCAAUGAGCUUCUAGAGCAAGCAUUUUCCCAGUUUGGUCCGGUAGAGAAAGCGGUUGUGGUUGUGGAUGAUCGUGGUAGAGCUACUGGAAAAGGUUUUGUAGAAUUUGCAGCGAAACCUCCUGCACGAAAGGCUCUGGAAAGAUGUGGUGAUGGGGCAUUCUUGCUAACAACGACCCCACGUCCUGUCAUUGUGGAGCCAAUGGAGCAGUUUGAUGAUGAAGAUGGCUUGCCAGAGAAGCUAAUGCAGAAAACUCAACAAUAUCAUAAGGAAAGAGAACAGCCACCACGUUUUGCUCAACCUGGGACAUUUGAAUUUGAGUAUGCAUCUAGAUGGAAGGCUCUUGACGAAAUGGAGAAGCAGCAGCGUGAGCAGGUCGACAGAAACAUCAGAGAAGCCAAAGAGAAGCUGGAGGCAGAAAUGGAAGCAGCCAGGCAUGAGCACCAGUUGAUGUUGAUGAGACAAGAUUUAAUGAGGCGUCAAGAAGAACUCAGACGCCUGGAAGAACUCAGAAACCAAGAGCUGCAAAAACGGAAGCAGAUACAACUGAGACAUGAAGAAGAGCAUCGUCGUCGUGAGGAAGAAAUGAUUCGACACAGAGAACAGGAGGAACUGAGGCGACAGCAAGAGGGCUUUAAGCCAAAUUAUAUGGAAAAUAGAGAACAGGAAAUGAGAAUGGGUGAUAUGGGUCCCCGUGGAGCAAUAAACAUGGGAGAUGGGUUUAGCCCAGCACCUGCUGGUAACCAAGGUCCUCCUCCAAUGAUGGGUAUGAAUAUGAACAACAGAGGAACUAUACCUGGCCCACCAAUGGGUCCUGGUCCUGCCAUGGGACCAGAAGGAGCUGCAAAUAUGGGAACUCCAAUGAUGCCAGAUAAUGGAGCAGUGCACAAUGAUAGAUUUCCCCAAGGACCACCAUCUCAGAUGGGAUCACCUAUGGGUAGUAGAACAGGUUCUGAAACCCCUCAAGCACCCAUGAGUGGUGUAGGUCCUGUUAGUGGUGGUCCUGGUGGUUUUGGUAGAGGAAGCCAAGCAGGCAACUUUGAAGGCCCUAAUAAGCGUCGUAGAUAUUAAACAUUCUUUCAUUCCUAUUUAGAGAAAAAAAAAUUCAGUGGUAUGCCUUUACACUUAACCUGUUACCUUGGAAGAAUGGUUUUAUUGUUAAUGUAUGCAGAUGUUGAAGUAUUUCUUUGUAAAACGAGGUUUUUGUAUUUUUCUUUAUUCAUGAGCUUUGUAGAUUAGAAUGGUAAUGCUGAUGCUCAUCAUUGUGAAUGUUAAAAUGUGUUUGUGACUUUAGCUAAAUAUAAAUAUCCCAUAGUACUGUUGAAAUCUAUGUAGUUCAAUAAAAAAAUCAUUUUGGAUAAUUUACAAAUGUUAUUAGUGGUAUUCUCUUACAGUUUUGCUAAACUUGGCUGUAACAGUAAUACUUUGGUUGCUUUAACUAAUCCCAGCCAUCUAAAAAUGAAAAUGGAUUUCCUGCUUUUUAGUUUGUGCAAGUAGCACUGAAGAUAGCAGCUAGUGAAAGGUAAUGUUAAUAAGGGGUCUGGCCUGGGAGUUUACAUUUGUGUAAACCAUUCAUGUUCUGUGAAACCAGAGUUGCUGUCAGAUUUCAUAUAGAAUCUGAUUAUUCAGAUAUUCCAAGAGGAAUCUUAAGGAUACCUUUGUCCUGUGCUGAUUUUUUCAAAUAAAUCUUUUCAAUCUUGGAAAAAAA